AUGGCAGCCGCAGUGUCAAGAUGGUCGAGCUCAACAGAAUACCACAGCAAACCAUCUGGCACGCAAUUCGCAGGCUAUGACUCGUACCUCGUCUGCCGUGAGACGUACCACAGCCCUUUACUGGAAGCCGCCGCCGCAACAUGGAACCGAGAGCAACCUGCAGAAUUAAGAGCCUUACUCAAAGCCAGAGCAAACCUGGACGAGCGCGACAGCAGUGGCAAUACCUGUCUUCACCUGCUAGUAGCCGCCGCACAUCCUAGCCAAACCUGGGUCGUACACUCAGCGACGGCACUCGUUCGCGCUGGCGCAGACCCGAGCCAGCUCAACUGCUUUGGUACCACCGCAUUCGACGUCGCGUGCGACGCCCCUGCGGCACUUGGCAGCUUUCGAAGAGAUCUUCUCCUGCAAGCACUUCUGGAGAGCGGCAGAGACAUCCUCGACACUCGGCUCUUUGGACCCACCCGGCUUACGAGCAUCUACACCAAGAUGCGGCAUGAGGUGCUGUUCGGCGACCGCUCUUCACACUCAGACUUCGAACUACGAAAUGCACUACUGGAGGAGCUCACCGAAGCUGCCUGGCAGCGCAACUUAACAUCCGACCGCAAAUUGCCCGAGACAGCUUUGAAGCGUGUUCUAGCAUCCCAUGCGCUGGCCGCAUUCACGGACGCUGACACGGUUCUUCGAGAAGCACUGGACUACUUGAGGCUGAUGUGCGAGGGCAAGAAGCAGAUCGUGCUGCUAUGCAAGCAACGCCUGCACAAAGGAACCUGCGUACGGUUAAGCGAACACAUCAACUUGCUUCAGAUGGCUGAGAAGGCGAACACCGCGGCACUUCUGGAGUUCGACUGGUUUCGUCCUGUGGAUGUCGAAGACUUAUUUUCCAGCUACGUCGACAGCCUCAUCGAUCAACUGGAAGCCAUCAGACCAACAUCGAGGGAUCAGGCAGACAAUAUCGAAGGCCUGAUCGACCUCCUGCAGAACGCGAUACCGAGCUCAGGCGAAUUGUGUCAGCGGAAAGCCAAAGAGGACGACACGGACUCGAUUGAACGUCCUGAUAGCGCGAAGUGGUUCCCUUCGCUGGUGAUCGACACCAAUGUGUCAGGUGAAGGGGGAUGUGGAAGCUACAGUGACUGGCUUGCUGGCGAGCAGUCGUCAGCGGCUUCAGAGGAGCGGGAGAGGAAGGAAUCGAUUGUCAAGACGCCGGUAGAGUUUUACGGACCGAAGUUUUGA